AUGGCGCGAAAAGAAGAACCAAAGAUACAACCCAAUAAUGAUUUGGAAAAGAGAAUUAUUGAAGCCUUUGAGGUAUUUGAUCAUUCUGGAAAGCAAGUGGUUGAUGUUCGAGAAAUAGGCACUAUAUUACGGUCUUUAGGAUGCUGCCCAACGGAAGCGGAAAUACAAGAAGUCAUUCUUGCGACUGAAAAUAAGGAAGCCACGGGCAACGUACCGUUAAUAAACUUUUUACCGUUCAUGUGUAAAGUAAUGAUAGAGCACAGGUUUUAUCCAGCCACUGCAGAAAUGUUAUUGGCUGCAUUUCGAUACUUUGACAAAGAGGGCCGCGGCUUUCUAACGAAGGAGAGAUUUGCACAGCUUAUGCUUGAGGAAGGAGAGCCCUUUACACAGGAAGAGUUUGAUGAAAUGAUGCAAACAGCUCUUGAUCCAGUUACAAAUACAAUAACAUAUGAAUAUUACAUCAAUCAGCUUAUGCAUUUGCGUGGUGAUAUAAAAACAACCUUCAAUACAUAA